UAAUUUUGACUUCUGUUUUGUUUUGCAGCAAAUGGCGGACGACGCCGGUGGUAGAGGAGGUUUUCGCGGAGGUUUCGGCGCAGGUGGCCGCGGCAGGGGCCGUGGACGCGGCAGAGGCCGUGGAAGGGGCCGCGGGGCCCGGGGAGGCAAGUCCGAGGACAAGGAAUGGGUGCCAGUCACCAAGCUGGGCCGCCUGGUUAAGGACGUGAAGAUCAAGUCCCUGGAGGAGAUCUACCUGUACUCUCUGCCCAUCAAAGAGUCUGAGAUCAUCGACUUCUUCCUGGGUUCUGGUCUGAAGGACGAGGUGCUGAAGAUCAUGCCCGUCCAGAAGCAGACCAGGGCCGGUCAGCGCACCAGGUUCAAGGCCUUUGUUGCCAUCGGCGACUACAACGGCCACGUGGGUCUGGGUGUGAAGUGCUCCAAAGAGGUGGCCACGGCCAUCCGCGGCGCCAUCAUCCUGGCCAAGCUGUCCAUCGUCCCCGUCAGGAGAGGUUACUGGGGUAACAAGAUCGGAAAGCCCCACACCGUGCCCUGCAAGGUGACGGGCCGCUGCGGCUCCGUCCUGGUGCGCCUCAUCCCGGCCCCCCGCGGUACCGGCAUCGUGUCGGCCCCCGUGCCCAAGAAACUGCUGAUGAUGGCCGGUAUCGACGACUGCUACACCUCCGCCAGGGGCUGCACCGCCACGCUCGGCAACUUUGCCAAGGCCACGUUUGACGCCAUCUCCAAGACGUACAGCUACCUGACCCCUGACCUGUGGAAGGAGACCGUCUUCGGGAAGUCUCCCUACCAGGAGUUCACCGACCACCUGGCCAAGACUCACACCAGGGUGUCUGUGCAGAGGGGACAGUCUGUCCCGGCCCCAACCUCCUAAAACAUUUUGUACAGAGAAUGGUUGAAUAAACAUUCUGAAACUACA